AUGCUUAUGAAAACACUAUUUUUGCUGCUUGCUUUGGUCGUCCUGACCGAGCAAAUGUUCCGACCAAUAAGACUGCCACAAAGACACGAGGACUGCUCUUGUGGUAUGAUGAUGUCUUUGCGAACGACAAUUAAUGCUACCUUUAUUUAUAGAAGACCAUGACUUGUCUGACGAGAGUGUUCCUUGUGAUGAUGAUAGUGGAGAGAACACCACUCCUGAAGAGGUUGAAACAACCACAACUGCAGGGGUUUCGAGUACUUCGACGGCGACGACUGCCCCACCGAGUACAUCGACGACGGCUACGACGACAGUGACAACGACGACGCAAACGACCACUCAAACGACAAUGGAACCCACUACUAAUGGAACGACGACAUCGACUGCUGUGCCCACCACGACUCGCUACUGGCCAUGCGGUUACAGAUCGCUUGCUCAGCCGUUCAGGCGGAAGAGCGGAUGGUGGUGCUCUCAGGUGAGUAUCGGAAACGUUUUAAAUGUGUCCCUCUCCCUUUCUCGGUAUCAGUGAGCGCAGAAACUGCGCUCAAACGAUUCUUGUACCUAUAAAAUAAGUCGAGAUGUUGACUAAUCAAAUGGAAAUUAUUGCAGGCCGAUUUCAACAGCAUCGGAUAUGUGCCAAUGCCAAAAGCGUCUGAAGCGGUGAACUGUAGACUCGCCAAUAUGACGUACAGCAGUAUAGAGACGCAAGAAGAAUGGGAUUAUUAUCUAGCCUGUGAGAGUGUUCUCUAAGACGUUAGUAUUUCAACUUUUGCAGUGGCAAGAAGCAUCGAAAAGUAUACAAUCUACGGAGUGUGGAUGGCAAUCGACUACAACACCACUUCUGGACUAUGGUACUGGAGUGACGGAAAUGUUGCCAACACGACACUCCCUUCACAGCCAAUCCUAGGCGUUGCAAAUGGAACCGCUGCGUUCUUCUGGAACGAAACUAUGCCUGGAGGAUACGGAUAUUUUGGACUGACCAACCUGAAUGGCGUAGGAACUGGAAGUACACUUCCAGUUGUGAACAUGGGUAUUUGCGGAAGACCGGGAGAUAAAUAUCCUGAAUAA